GGGGAGGCGUUAUUGACAAGCCCCUCAGAUUUAAAGCAGGAAGAGCCUCCUCUGUCUGAAUCAGUUGUGUGGUUUUAGUUUUGCUGCUCUUACACUGACAGUCAACUACUCUCGCAGUAAAAUGGUGUCUGUGUUAAUGCCGUACAUCAGUGUCCUUCUGAUGCUUCAGUUCGGCCCACAACUACUGUAUGGAAAUGAAUCUCAGAACUGUGGACCUAAAGGAGAGAAGGGAGAUCGAGGAGCGCAGGGACUACCAGGUUUUCCAGGAUCCAAAGGAGACAGAGGAGACACAGGGCUUUCUGCAAAUGUGGACAUGAUUCCCACUGGACCUAAAGGAGAUAAGGGGGAUCCAGGCUUUCCUGGUCCAACUGGCAGCCCUGGCAUACCUGGACAUCCUGGCCCGAAGGGGGAUCAAGGCUUUCAUGGCAUUCCUGGCAGUCCUGGCAUACCUGGAUUUCCUGGCAUGAAAGGGCAACAAGGAAGUCCUGGAGGUGACGUCACGUCCCUACAAUCUCAGAUUCAUGAUCUUACUGCUAAGUUUGCCAUGAUGGAGAAAGCUGCAAGUUUUGGUACAUUCAGAAAAGUCGGGCAGAAAUAUUUUGUUUAUGAUGGGAUUGUAAAAACAUUUGAUGAGGGGAUUCAAAUCUGCAAGGAAGUUGGUGGAACAAUUGCUUUAGCAAGAAAUGCUGUUGAAAAUCACACUUUACUUAAAGUAGUGAUAGCCAGUGGUUUAAGUGAAAAGCCAUUCAUUGGAGUCACAGACAGAGAUAAAGAAGGACAGUUUGUGGACAUUGAUGGUAAACUCUUGACUUUUACCAACUGGGCUUCUGGUCAACCUGAUAAUUAUCAGGAAACACAACACUGUGGUACGAUCAUAGUGGAGUCUGGACUUUGGGAUGAUGCCAGUUGUAAUGAGCCACGUCCUAUUAUGUGUGAAAUACAAUAGAAAUAGUAUAUAACGGGGAGGUUUCCCGGAAAGGGCUUAUCCUAGUCCCAGACUAACUAAAAUGCAUGUUUGAGCUGCCUUAAUUUUAAAACACCUACAUCUUAACAUAUAUCAGUGCUCUUGUUUUGCCUCAAGAUGCACACCUGUAAUGGUUUUUUUUUUUAUGUAAAAAGUAUGUUUGUUAAAACAACCUAAAUAUCCUAAUAUAACUAAGGCCUAGUCCUGAAUUCAUGUAAACCCUGUCCAGGAAACUGCCACAUAAUCUUUUUGAACACAAAUAUGAAUAUAAUUCUGUAACAUUAAUAUUAAUAUUCUUUCAACAAAAGUAACAACAACACAUAAGGAAUAGUUUAACAGAGUAAAAAGUAAUUUUGAUCAAUAGUGUUACAUUUCACAAAAAUAAAACGAAGUACAGUACAUCUCCAAAAAUACGAGAUUUCACGUUUGAAUAUCUGAAGACAGUAGCUGAACCUCAACAAAUUGUUAAAAUAGCUUUUACACUGCCACAAAACUAAAACAUCUGCUAUAUAUCAUCCAAUGUUAUUUCCCCCUUUCUGAAGUGGACGCACAGAGUUGCUUUGUUUUAUUUUCAGACAUGCACACAUUGUGUGAGUUACAUAUCUUCAACCUUCCUAAAAUAAUUGCUUAAGUCAUUUUUUGACAAAAACAAUAAUAAUUCAUCUCCUCAAGAUCCUGGCCACGUCUGGUAAAAUCGCUCACAUCCUCAUUUGAACAGAUCAUGCCAUUGUACCCCUGUAGUAUAAUGGCCUAAGUCAAGAGCAUGACUUUAUUUUGCCUAAGUUAAAAUACUUUUUCUAAAUGGCAGCUGCAUCAAGAAGAACACAAAUCUACUCAACCUCUAAAGUUAGUUUAUUUAUUUGUGUUUUCUGAGAAACCUGAAAAAAUGACUUAGGAAGGCAAUUAUUUUAGGAAGGUUACACUCUAAAAAAAAUCUGUAAAAAAACGGACAAAGUACUGUGUAAAUAUGAAGGAAUUUUCCGUAUUUAUGUUUUACAGGUGUUUAUCUGUUUUUUUAUAACAUGUUGCAUUAUGGGUGCAACAACUCCUGCUGCAAUCUUUCACUUUUGCCUCUCUAUCACCAUCUCUGUUUGAAAUCUAAAAUUACAACUUGCUUGCAGAGUUCUUUUCUAACAUGGAUGAUGUUUAACUUCUAAACAAAUGCUGUCAGAACAAGAUACAAGUGUUAAACUAUUCCAGCAUCGACACAUGUGAUUUAGUAGACAAAUCUUCUUUCUGAUGUGGCGUGUGAGUCAAAUGGAUAUUAUUUAAUACAAAAUUUAUCAUUUACUACAAUUUUGUUUUAGAUUCAUUUGAAGUCACCACUAUGGUGAUUAGUGUUCCCUUUAGUUAGGCUUUUGUCCCUUGACCUUCACUGAUUUAACUCUGUUCAUUAGCAUUGUAACAGUGUUUUCUGCUUUUAACAAUUAUAACGUGUGUGUUGUUUGCAGAGAGAUGUCUGUGAUGUCAUCCAAGCUUGAUUGAUUAUUUGUUGUGCUGCCUAACAUCUAAAUACGAAAUGAUAAAAUAAGAGUAAAGAACUGAAAUUUAUAAAAGUGACACUCUAUUCUUAUCUUAAAACACGCUGUAUUGAAUAAGAUUCCUUCGAAUGUGUCAGUUGUGGUUUUUGCUUCAGAUCAACACUUUGGAUACAAAUCUCAACAAACCGUAAAUGGUAAGAAAGAGUUUUCUUAUUUGCGUUUCAUAGCCGGAUUGAAGUGUCCCUAAAGGUUACGAACAAUGUUCUGUAAAUCUACGGACAGUGUUUUGUAAAUCUACAGAAUGUUCAGUUUUUGAAUAAAUGGAAAUGUCUGUAAACAUAACGGAAAAAGUGCCGGUAAUUUUCUGCCAGGACAUUAUCCGUUUUUUUACGAAUUAUUUUUUUUGAGUGUAGGUGACGAUGUUUAAAUUGGGCAACAACACUUUACACAUCAAUACACGGACCCCGAUCAGUCUUAUAUCAAGGAGACUCAUUUCAGUGAAUCUGUGAUUUUGCUGACUUUUAUGCAUCAGACAUUGGCUGUCAUCUGGGCUCCUACAUUAAACCAGUAAGUAAUUGAAAGUUAUUUAAAAAUAGCUGAGAAUAAAUUUGAUAAAUAACUGCCAAAUUCAGAAGAGACUUGAGAAUCCUUCAGAAGAUAUGAACAUCCAGUCUAACUGAAUCACUGUGAAGAAAUUGCAUAGUGAUGUAUACUUUAUUCUGUAAAAUGUAUUCAUUGAAAUAAAUGACUCCUCAUCUAAGAGGGAACUAAAUGUG